CCCGGCGACGGCCUUUUGGACUCGGGAAGGGCGUGCGAUCUGCGGCCCCAAUUCGUUUCUGCGAUCUGCGGUCAUCGGAAUCUGGUGGACCGAAGUCAUCCGCUCCUGUGGCAGAAGGUUUUGUUCUCGAUGGGUAGCGCGGAGCUGACGACCGAGGAGGUUCUCAAGAUGGACAUACCAUGGGAAACUUAUAUGACUACAAAGCUCAUUACAGGAACACAUCUUCAGCUACUAAGGCGCUAUGAUAAAAAAUCUGAAAGCCAAAGAGCUGCUUUGCUUGAUGAUGAUGGACCAGCUUAUGUAGCGGUCUUCAUAAACAUUUUGCGUGACAUUUCUAAGGAAGAAACAGUCGAGUAUGUGCUUGCUCUCAUUGACGAAAUGCUCACAGCAAAUCCGAAACGAGCUAGACUUUUUCAUGACAAAUCACUAUCAAACGAAGAUACUUAUCAGCCUUUCUUAAGAUGGCUUCAGGAAGGCAAUUGGUUCAUACAAGAGAAGAGUUGUAAGAUACUGACACUUAUAGUAAGUGCUCGUCCUAAAGGUCAGCAUGGCCUUGUUUCAAAUGGAGAAUCUUCACAUUCUAAGAGCAAAAUCUCAGCUAUUGAUGCUGUUCUAGAAGGCCUACUUGAUUGGCUCUGUUUACAGCUGAAGGCCCCAACUCACCCCAAUCGUUCUGUGCCAUUGGCUGUAAGUUGCCUAGCCACUUUGCUAAGAGAACGCUUUGUCAGGGUUUCAUUUGUACAAGCAGAUGGUGUUAAAUUGCUAAUUCCUUUGAUUUCCCCAGCAUCAACUCAGCAGUCCAUUCAGCUGCUUUAUGAAACUUGCCUUUGUAUUUGGCUCUUGUCCUAUUAUGAUGCAGCAAUUGAUUACUUGGCCACUACUAGGGUAAUGCCAAGGCUGGUCGACGUUGUAAAAGGUUCAACAAAGGAAAAGGUUGUGAGGGUCAUUGUAUUGACUUUGCGCAAUUUGUUACCGAAGGCAGCAUGUGGGGCCCAAAUGAUUGACCUCGGAUUGCCGCAAAUUGUUCAGUCUCUAAAAGCUCAGGCCUGGAGUGAUGAGGAUUUAUUGGAAGCAUUGAAUCAGCUAGAAGAUGGACUGAAGGAACACAUUAAAACUUUAAGUUCCUUUGAUAAAUAUAAGCAGGAAGUCCUUCUCGGUCAUCUUGACUGGUAUCCUAUGCACAAGGAUCCAGGAUUCUGGCGUGAAAAUAUUACAAAUUUUGAAGAAAAUGAUUUCCAGAUCCUGCGUGUCCUCAUCACAAUCCUCGACACCUCCGGUGAUCCAACAGCACUUGCUGUUGCAUGCUACGAUUUGUCUCAAUUUAUCCAGUACCACCCUGCUGGAAGAAUCAUCGUGUCAGACCUGAAGGCCAAGGACCGGGUAAUGAAGCUCAUGAAUCAUGAAAAUGCUGAUGUGACCAAGAAUGCUCUUCUCUGCAUCCAGAGGCUUUUCCUUGGUGCCAAAUAUGCUAGCUUCUUACAGUCUUAAGUCAGUGUUGUUCCCAGUGGGACCCAAUCUCUGGUACCAUAUAAAAUGCUCCCCUUACAUUUGGCGAUUCUGUUUGUGUUCAAAAGCCAUCUGAAACAUUGUGGUAGAGUUGAGGUUUUAGAUACCAACCCAAUACUGGUUUGGUAACCUAUCGAAUCAUCGCAUUAAUAUAAAUGAUGGUAUGUUGUUCUGUACCAUAACCACUAUCAUUAAAUAAAAUAAUAAAAAAUGAACUGAUGUGUACCGGUAUGAUCUAUACCGGUUUUGAUUGCAGGGCCUUGAAUGUUGUUACUUUCGUUGAGGUGACCUGUAUCCUGUAAAAGUUCAUAACUAUUUCUGGCACCCGUAUUGAGGGCCUGAAUUAAUUUAUUUAAUUAUGUGCUUGAAUUUUUA